ACAGUCCGGACUGUCGAAGGGACGUGCGCAUGAGUCAGUCGGCCUCCGGCGGUCCCAGAGCCGGAGAUCGAGUCGCCUCGCUUAAUGGACGCAGCCGAAGCAUCCGCAAUUUCCAGCUCGCGGACGAGGAUCAUGAUUGACAACGAUCGUCGAACUGUGUGUCGCUCGUGCUACGACGGGCACCCCGUCCCUCCCCGCAAGAUGAUCGGUCUGCCUCGUCUCCUCGUGAGCUGUGAGGUGUGGCCUUCGAGAGCCUGAGCAUCGUGUCGUUGCCAUGAAGCACUGCGUGAGAGCUGUGCAGAACAAGUGCGUGGGGCACCAGCACUUGAAGAACCCUAAUCUGAGGGAUUGCGGGAGCGGUGAACGACUGGAACGGAAGGAGCUGAAUCAGAAGACGGCAGCUCUGGACAAAGAACGCUAUGAAGUGGCAUGCUUGAGACAAGACAUAAUCGACGAGUAUGAGAAGAAGAGCGCGGAGCUGCUCGAGUACCUAAACUCCAUGGAGCUGGCCUUCGACCGGCAGCGACUCGAAUUUGAGGACAGAGAAGCCCAACUUCUAGCAGAAAACAGCGAACUCAAAAAUGAGCUCGAAGGCGGUUGUAGGGCUCAUCUUCAGGAGCACAUAUCGCAAGAGGAGCAGAGGCAGAAGAGGGAGUGGGAGGCGCAGCGAGCCAUGGAACAACUGAAAGACGAACACAAAAGAACCGAAAAGCUUCUCAAGAAGGGGCAGAAGAGGCUACAGGAACUAGAUGCUGAAUUGAACGAUUUGCGGGAAGAGCUCCAACGGAAGGAUGAUUUGUUUUAUCAUCGGACAAAGAUGCAGGAAAGAAGAAGAAAAAGCCUAGAGAUGGAGAAUGCCAACCUCAAGAGAAAAGCAGCUUUGGGUUGGAUGAUUGGCUCCCUUUCAGAGCUCUUCUUGAGACUGGAUCCAGAAGUAGGAGUGGGCUCGGUAUUGAAGCUGGUGCGCAAAGUACAGAAGGAACUCGAGUGCGGAAAUAACGUCUUCGACUGUCACGUGGGACAAGCUCCGAAAGUGGAGUAUGACAUUAUCCAGAAGGAGAUUCGGCGCCUGCUUAACCAUCGCUCUCCAGUCUCACGUACUUUGCAUAGAGUACCUUCGUGUUGCUUGAUCAAAGAUAAGCCAGGAAAGGUUGAAUUUUUCGAUCCUCGCCGAAAGAGAGUCUGCAAGGGUCGACAUUGGCGACCACCAUCGGGACCAGAUGCCACCUUGAAAGCAGCAGCGGGUCGGCUGGAAUGUGAAGCUGCAGAGCAAAGUGAUUCUCCCCUCUGCACAUCUGCCCCUGAGACACCAGGAGGAGCUGCGUGCCAGACCCCUUGUUUGCUUCUCGAUACACCAUUCGAAAAUUGCUCGACGUCUUCCUGCCAUGCUCCCUCACAAAUUAAUCUGAUAAACGAGAAGAAGAUUUUGAGGGAAACACACACUCCUCCAUCUUGGACUCCUGCACAUGACUACGCAUCCUAUACUAAUCGCCGACAGAGUCUCAAAAGGAUGCUGAGACAUCUCGAGGCCAGUAUGACCUUCAUUCUCGGCCAGGAAAGAAGACGACGAAAGGUUGAAGGUCGCAAUUACGUGAAUAAACCAACGAAGCGUGGUGUUGCUUGUUGCAAACAUCAAGACAGUUCGAUUCUUUAGUGAACAAGAAGAGUCACCAUCAUGUGGAAAUGGUUUUUGACAUGUACCUAUCACACAGGUUACUCGUGAAAUCGUUGUAACCAUUCUUACUAGAUAAUCUCCACAUGAGCUUCCGG